CGAUCUUCCUGCCGGCGCGGGGCGCGGCGCGGGGCGAGGGCUCGAGCGGAGCAAUCCAUAUAACCCGUUUAUACCCUACCUCAAUUCCACUCAUCAGCUCACUCCGGCGCCAUCAUCUUCCUUCUCUCAGUUCCUCACCUCGAUGGACUCACUUGCCGCCGCCUGCCUCUGCUCCCGCCGUCGCCGCGCUCGCCGACUCCUCCUGGCCGCUGCGGCGGCCACCACUGGGUACGGCCUCUACCGCCUCUACCGUCACCACCGCCGCCGCAUCGUCGCUGCCCUCUCCCUUGCCGACGCCGUGUCUCAGGUCGGUUCCGACCUCGCCGAAUUCCUCCGCUCCGAGUCCGACCAGGUCCCACGAAGCCUCCUCCAGCUCUCCAAGCUCGCCGCUUCCGAACCCGUCUCCUCCGCCGCGUCUUCCCUCUCCGAGUCCCUCGCGUCCGGCGUCCUCCGCGCCAUCUCUCACCAGCGCCAAUUACAUCAACAACAGCAGAAAAACCCCCAAACCCCGCUCCAAGAUCGGAUCUUGGAUCGUCUCCUCUCCCCGGAGGGCGCCGGAUUCGCUUCCGCUGUCGUCGGAAGCUUAGCGAGGAGCCUCGUCCUGUCCUCCUGCGACGCCCGCAGGGCGGAGGCCGGCGACCGCGAGGAGCCGCGGUGGCUGGCUGCGCUCUGCAGCGCCACGGGCAAGGAGGCUUCUGCGGACCUCGUCCGAGUCUUCGUCAGCACCGCCGUUGCCGCCUACCUCGACCGCACCGCCGCAGUGCGCAGCAACAACCAUCUGCUCGCUGGCCUCUCUGAUCCAAGGCACGAAGCCCAGGUCAAGGACCUGGCUGUCUCUGUCUGCAACGGUGCUAUCGAAACCUUCCUCAGGACGUCGCGGCAGCUUGCCAAGGAGGCCUCCAGUGCUCGCAUUGAGGUAACAUCAAUGGAGCGUGUGGUGGAAGAUUCAGACAGCAACUUCGUGAUCCACAAGGUUUCAAGCACGCUGGCCGCUCCGAGCAACAGGAGAUUUGUACUGGACGUCACAGGCAGGGUCACCGCGGAGACGGUGCGGUCAUUCCUCGACUUCCUAGCACAGCGGAUGUCUGAUGGGGCACGGAAGAGCAUCGUCAUCGCCCGUGAUGAAGUUGCGGAGAGAGGGCUCGUUGCUGUCAAGUACCUCGGUGCCAAAUCCAUGGCUAUCUUCACCAUCUCCUUGGCAUUAUGCAUGCACAUUUUGAUGGGAACAAGGUUCCUUUUGCCGGCAUAGCUACCUAGCUUGUGGGGAGCUGGGAUUCCAUCGCAGGUGAUUGAUUACUACUUGUCCUGAUUCUAGGUGCAGAGUAAGUUAUGUAGAUUGCAAAUUGAUCCUAUAAUACCAGUUGUCUUUUUGUGUGUGUGUGUGUGUUGGUGAAAAGUAUGUAAACUUUAGCUAGAACCCGCUGGGAUUUGUAGUUGGUUUUUGUUUGUUUGGUUGAAGGAAGUAUAUAUGCAUCUGAAAUGACACUGGCCAAUUUGGCAAUGUGAUUUUGAGGUUAGACACCUCUAUUGUUGCGUUCUAAUAGCUGUCACUAGAUUGUUGUUGCUGGUUGUUUUUGUUGUCAUAAGCUGUUGAUCAAUGUAAAACAACCAAACAGAGCAGCACGAGCUGGAAUCUUGACUGCUUGCUCUUGAAACUCUCUCUUUUGUACACUUCUUCAGUUGUAAGAAAGUGGAAAAUGAAGUGAAGCUUCCCUUUGUUUU